AUGCCUUUGUACUUGAUCACCGGAGCAUCUCGGGGCCUGGGUUGGGGUUUCCUCCGCCAGAUAUCAAGCGAUCCGGAAAAUACAAUCAUUGGACUCGUUCGCGACAAAUCCGCACCCGAGAAGAAGGUUACGGAGGAGCUGGAAUCCUGCCCAAACAUCCACAUCUUGCAGGUGGACAUAACCGCCUACGAAGGGCUACAGGCAGCAUCAGCUCAGACCGCGAUCAUCACCGGUGGAGGUCUCGACUACCUUAUCGCGAAUGCAGGCUUCGUGUCGAAGUUCGAUGCAUAUGAUGUAAUCGGUGUUCUUGACGAGCAACCCGCAGCGCUGGAAGGAGACCUCACGCUCUGCUUUCGAGUCAACGCCCUGGGCAAUAUCCAUCUGUUCAACGUCUUCCUGCCCUCGAUUUUUCAGGGCGAGGCCAAGAAAGUCAUCGCUCUCUCCACCGGUUUGGCUCAUCUGAGCCUUAUUCCGAAGUAUAAUGUUGAGGUCGCGUCGCUGUAUGCCAUCAGCAAGGCGGGGUUGAACACUGCGGUGUCCAAGUUCAGCGCGCACAUUUGUCCCGGCAUGGUAGAAACGGGUCGUUUUACAGAUGCAACUCCUGAGCAAAUGCGAGGCUUGGCAGGCAUGCUCACGGCUUUUCGCGAGUAUGCCCCUCACUUCCGCGGCUCCAGUACCCCCGAAGCAGCCGUGAGAGAUGUGCUCUCGGUGAUGCACAGAGUCAGUUUUCAGAACGGAGAUGGCGGCACUUUCAUCUCGCAUUAUAGGACUCAGCAGUUUCUCUAA